AUGUACCUUUUGGAGCACAGCCUGUGGGUGGAGUCCCUUGCACGGACCGUGGGCCGCCGGGGAGAGGGGGCCCAAAGACCUCACAGCAGAAGGUUCCUGGAGUGUGAGACCCGGCGCCCAGGCAGAGACUGUCCCAGGACGGCACCAUCAGCCCGGGGUCAGGGUGGCCGUUUGGGGGUUGGCAGCAGUUUUGUGCUCCUGUCUGCAGAUGCCAUCAGAGAUGGAUUGGGGACCGUCCUGCAGGGAGGUGCUGAGGGGCGGAGCUGCGACAAUCGGCCCCACACCAGGUGGGUGUGGGGGCCGCUGAACCCAGGUCACCAAUGAGAGCUGUGAACCCAGCCUGACCCCUUGACCGAGGUGCUUUCAGGGCACAAGGGAGACGCAGGAGCUUGUGGCUGCUGUCACUUCUGCCCUCAGUUCAUAAACGCCUCUACACGUCCCCUGUGCUUGGCAAGGGGCCUGGAUGGAAGGGCCAAUGAGGAGAUGCCCAUCCUUCAGACACUGUGCCUCCCCGCAAAGGCCAGCAGCCCCGAGCAUCACUGUGCCUCCCCCCAAAGGCCAGCAGCCCCGAGCAUCACUGUGCCUCCCCCCAAAGGCCAGCAGCCCCGAGCAUCACUGUGCCUCCCCGCAAAGGCCAGCAGCCCCGAGCAUCACUGCCUCCCUACAAAGGUCAGCAGCCCCAAGCAUCACUGUGCCUCCCCUAAAAGGCCAGCAGCCCCGAGCAGGGCCCUGGGGAGAGACCAGGGGAGCAGAGGAUGGGAAGGAGAGUCAGAAGUAAGGGGCCCGGACUUGAGUAGGGUCCGGACGGCACCUGAAGGUUUCUGCAAGGUGGACUCGCCGGGCGGGAAAGUGGCACCCCCACGCCCUGGGAAGCUUGAGGUGCCGUAAGUCCUCGGAAGGGGCGCUGCGUCUGUAGGGGGCCCUGGCUCUCUGUUGCGGCCCCUAGGCAUGGGACCAGCUUGCUCUCAGGACAAGGGGAGAGGGGGCAAAGUGCCCACAAGGCCAGUGUCUGUGACCCUGUGUCUCUCACCCAACUUGGGACCCCCCAGAACCUUCCUCGGGCAGCCGUGAGGAGAAGGCCAGGAUGGGGCACAGCAGAGGCCUCACCUGCCCGGUGGGGGCUCUGGGGCUGGGGCAGCUCCUCAGAGAUUGCCCAAGUCCAGAGCUCUCACACUAUGCAGCCGUCUCGGGGUGCAGGGCCCCUGGGUUACUGGCAGGUCCGUCAGCCGCAGCCGCUGGCCCAUCCAGGGCCUGUUGGAUUUGCAGAGGCCGGACUCGGGAACCAACUAGGGGAGAACCAGGCCCCUCUGCACUCCUCACGACUUGUGUGGGGGCCGGCCUCUGCCGUCCACCUGGGGCGUGACAGUGCAUUCAAUUCUCUGUCUCUCCGUGUCACUGUCUCUGUGUCUGUCUUUAUCUCACCGUCUCUUUAGGUUUCUGUCUCUCUCACUGUCUCCCUCGCUCAGCAGCUGGGUGGGAAAAGGACAUUCUGGAAAGUUCAAUGUGAUCUUCCCUACAGAUCAGGACAACUGGGCUAUUACAGUGACGUAUUGGGGAUCUGGGAAAUGGCCCCUCGGAGUUCCGUGAGCUCUGUCUGGAAGGUCCCCAUUCAUUUCCCGUUCCCUGCUCUGCUCCACGGGGAUGCCACAAGGCUGCAGUUCCCUGACGCCGGCGUCUGCUCUGUCCCCAGCCCACCGCCCUGACCGUUUGGGCAGACCCUUCCUCCGCAGCGCCCCUUGGGAGGGCCAGGGGGACCCUUGCCCGAGCCCUCUGUGUGUUUCCGGUUCUUUCUUCCCCUCCCCUGUCUGGAUUCUGCAUCUGGAACCUGGCCCAGGGAGGAGGCUGGGUAUGGGAUGCUGGUGUUGCUGGGCAGCUGCCUGUGGCCCCAGCCUCCGUCUCGACCACCUUAGUGGGGUGGGUGUAGCUGCUGCCCAUCUCUCCUGCCCCCGGGGCUUGGGUGCUACUGGCCUUCACACCCACCUCUGUGGGGCAGGCCCCUGUACACCACUCAGUCUGCUGCUCAGCCCCACAGCGGCCCUGCCUUCCUCCUGACAGUCAGGGCCCCCUUCCGCCAUGGGGGGCCCGGCUCUGUGAUGGCGCCUGGCUGCCAGCCCUGCCCACACCGCCCAGCCACCCCAGCUUCCGGGAGGCUGCUGCCCACUCUUCACUGUGGCCAGUGCAGGGUCUCCUGGGCCCCCGGGAGCAGGUCAGCUGGCAGUGUCCUGCCUUACACCACAGCCACCAGCAUGGCCACUUCUCAGGGCCUUUGGUCCCCGGCACGGGCCGAGCUGGGUUCUCGCUCUCCUGAGCAGGUGUCUGGGCAGCUCCUGCAUCACUGGCAUUGCUUAUGUGCUGCACCUGUCUCCCUUGAUGGCUCUCAGCCCUGCAGUACCCAUGGACGUCCCUUCCCUCUCUCAGCAGGUGCCUUCUGGAAGAUUCCAUGUGGUGCACUUCCAGGGACAGGCAUGUUCAGGAGAAGCUGGGGGCAGUCCCCAGGGCAGGGAGGUGUUACCCAAAAGGUGGGGCCAUGCCUGGCCUCCUAGCCAGGGCCUCCAGCUCAGAAGGCUCAGAGCAGGGCCUCCACCACCUUCCCCAUC